CGGGAAGACCCUGUGUCCUGAAUGUAAUGAAAGCGAGUCAACAUAUUCGGGCGCACGACUCUCAACAGCAGUACAAGUUGCAGUGCGAAGUCAAGUGUUCGGUGGUGAGCAUUAAAAGGACGUAAGCAGGAGUCGCGGAAACUGGAGAAAGUGGGAGUGAGAGGCGACUGCGCGGGGUGAAGCCGCAUCGCACGCAUCCCGUGUUAUAUACCUCCUGCAGCAUCCGACUUCGAUGCGCAACUACACACUGUGUGUGUGUGUGUGUGUGUGUGACGCCGAUGUAUAAGCAUCAAGGAGGCACUGUGCGCCGAGCCAAAACUCUUAGUCUGCCGCGGCACUUCGUGGCGAGUGGUUAUCAACCUGUGCUCUAUUAUUGUUUCACUCAAUCGCCGGGCGUGCACGUUGUUUCGGUCAGCUGUCAAAGAGUAUUUCGUCGGCACGUGGAUUGAGUAAACAAAUGGUAUAAACUGGAUACAAAAAGGCAUAUAAAGUGAGUUGUUUGUUGUGAAAAAGUGAACUGACGUCGCACGUUUUGGAGCAACUGUCGCGAUUUUUGAUUUCAAUAUCAGAGUAAAUCCCGUAGCUGGUGAAAACGCAGCCUGUUGUCCAACCAGGGCACAAUGCCGUCGUUUGCGGGAAUGUUGGUGCUGUUUACGACAGGACUCGGGGUCCUUAUGCCAGUCGUUAGUGGUGAGCUCUACACAGCUCUAGCUGACAUGGAAGAGCUACUUGAGACCGAGUCGGUCCUCAUUGACACACUUCAUGGUUACAUUAAAGCACAGGAGCAGAGAUUGGAAACAUUGAGGAGAAAUGUUGAAGAUUAUUCUCGAGAGCACGAAGAAGCCUCCCGCAACAUUCAGCAGUACCUCUCCAACCCAAUAAACGCAUAUCUUCUAGUGAAACGUCUGACCACGGAUUGGAAGCGCGUGGAGGAACUAAUCACCGAGGAUGUUGGGAAAGCAUUCGUAUCCAACAUCACGAGCUCGCGGAAUAAUCUCAAAUUUCCGACUGAUGAGGAUCUCAAUGGGGCUGCCGUGGCACUGAUGAGGCUGCAGGACACGUACAAACUUGAUACAUCCCAUGUGGCCAGGGGAGUUUUGAAUGGGGUUCAGUACAGCACUGGCCUGAGUGCUGGCGACUGCUUCGAGUUGGGACGACAGUCAUACAACAAUGGUGACUACUACCACACAGUCCUGUGGAUGCAGGAAGCCAUGAAUCGCCUGCAAGACGAGCAGAACAGAACCACCACAACCAAGCCAGACAUCCUCGAAUAUCUGGCAUUUUCCACUUACAUGCAAGGUAACGUCGCACGCGCCUUGAGCAUGACGAAUGAGCUUCUUGAGUUGGUGCCGAGUCAUCAAAGGGCCCUUGGCAAUCGGGCGUACUAUCAGGAAGAAAUACUCAAGAGUCAGGGACAGAGAAAACUGGGGGAGGACGGCAAGAACGAUGUGCCGGUUACCAGUCAGUUUACAAUCGUUGAGAAGAAAAUGAUAUCACUGGACGAAAUGACGGAGCGUGAGAGGUACGAAAUGUUGUGUCGAGAGGAGGUGCCCCUCUCUCCGCAAAUAAAGAAGCAAUUGAAAUGUCGUUACGUCGAUCGAGGAAUUCCAUUCCUCAAGAUAGCUCCCUUCAAGGAGGAAGAGGCGUACCUCGACCCUCGAAUCGUCAUUUACCACGAUGUCAUUUAUGAUGAUGAGAUUGAAACCAUCAAACGAAUGGCGCAGCCCAGAUUCAAACGUGCAACAGUGCAGAAUUACAAGACCGGUGAAUUGGAAAUAGCCAACUAUCGAAUAAGUAAAAGUGCUUGGCUGCAGGAGCACGAACACAAACACGUGCAGGCUGUGAGUAGAAGGGUGGAGCAUAUGACUAGUAUGACUGUGGACACAGCCGAGGAGCUUCAGGUGGUCAAUUACGGCAUUGGAGGUCAUUACGAGCCCCACUUUGACUUUGCCAGGAGGGAGGAGACUAAUGCAUUUAAGAGCCUAGGCACGGGUAAUCGUAUUGCCACGGUUCUCUAUUACAUGAGUGAUGUUGAACAAGGGGGUGGAACAGUCUUCACAGCAAUAAACAUAUCACUCUGGCCGAAAAAAGGUGCUGCUGCAUUUUGGUAUAAUUUGAAACCCAAUGGCGAGGGUGAUUACAAAACCAGACAUGCGGCGUGUCCAGUGCUCACUGGAUCCAAAUGGGUGGCGAAUAAAUGGCUCCACGAGCGCGGACAGGAAUUCUUGAGGCCUUGUACCCUGGAGAAUCAGGCGCCCGACGUCGACCUCGGAAGAUACUGAAAUGUCAACCCCCAAUCACAUUGCCAUUUCUCCCAACACCUGCGAUUCACGAGGAUCACCAAUGCAGGGCUGCAAAAAACUGAAGUUCAAGAAUCACAAGAACAGUCAUUAAAGGUUUACAACUUCAUUUUACCACUGAGGAGUGUAAUGUGCUCCUGGCUCAUAUUGUAAUAGUAUAUCGUCGAAAUAUUGACCUCGUUCGUGGCACAUUUUCCCAGUUAAUUAACAAGUUAAAUACGACUCAUCCGACUGUACGACAUGAAGAGAUGAAUUCGUAAAAAGGGGAAAAUAGAUAAUUUUGCCCUCUUGACAGGACGAUUCAUCCUCAUGAGAUUUAAUGAGGGAAAAAUAUCAUUUUGUACUAUAAAACAUUAUUGUAAUUAUUAUUAUUAGACAAUAUAAAAAAAUUUCGACUA